CCUGGGCUGUGCUCAGGGGUGGGAUCCUGUAAGGACUCACUCACUCAGGAGGGGGUAGACAGGCCAGGCUGAGGUCUGCUAGGAUGCUGAGCUGGGCGUGAAGGACGUCAGGGAGGGAUCCUGCAGGGACCCAUUGUGGAGGAGUAGGCACCAAGGGUGGGGGCAGACUACCCUUGGCAGAGAGGGAGGGCCAUGACUCACCUGGCCCCUGCGAGGGCUCUGCGGGGGUGGGGUGGCAUCCUGCAUGCGCUUGCUCCGGAGCAGGAGGAGGCAGGGGCUGUAGCUGGUCUAACCUAAUCCUCACCUUCCAACCUGGGAGGGAGAAUGAGCUGUCCUGUGUGGUCAGUUGACUAAUCCAAUUCUGACUGAUUGGUGAUGCUCUGUAUGUAGGCCAAUCCGGGCUGUCCCAAGGGUAGGCAUCCUGCAGGCAAUUGCUGAAGGCAGAAGCAGCCAGUGCUUCAGCUGGGCCAGGCCAGGUUUUGCCUUGCUGCUCUCUUAUUUGAGAGUUCUUGGAUGGCAUCCCCAGGAGAGAGCACGAUGCUGCUUUUGAGGCCAUGUGAGCUGGGCACAAUUUGAACUGUUCGCUUUCUACCCUUGACUGUGCUGCUCAGGGACAGAUUCCACCCCCUACUGUCAGACCAUGGAGGGCCUGAUUGGGGGAUCCAAAGAACAUUUGUCAAGGCCUGCCCUAAUGUAUGCAGAAGUAAGGUGUGGGUAGCCUGUUGUAUAUGCCCAUGGAGAGAAGAGACUGGAGGGAGAUCUACUGCCCCACAAGCCCAAAGGAAGGAUCUGGGAGAAGUUUUUAGCUGCUGUUGAAUGGAUCCCAGUGAAUUUCCCGGCUCCUUGGGGCCACUGUCCCUGCCUGAUAAGCCACUGAUUGGCGACCUCCCUGCAGACAUGGAGUUUGGAGAGGAUCUGCUGGCCUCCCAGACGGCCUCCCAGACGGCCUCGGCUCUCCAGCCCCAAGAGAUGGAGUGGGAAACACCCAAGCAAGCAACCUUGGAUGGCGACUUGGACUUGGGCUUGGGGAAAGCGGAUGGUUUGCCAGAUCUCGGCAAAUCCAACAGUCUGGCCCUCGAGAAAUCCAGCGCUUUGGACAUCUUGGAACAGCCUGACGUCCUGGAUGGCUUGAGCAAAGAGGAUGACCUGGCCGUUCUGGAUAAGUGCAAGGAGCUAGACAGCUUGUGCAAGCCGCAUGCUCCUGUGGAGCCCGAGGAGGGGCCUGGAGAUCCUUUGGCGGCAGGAGCAGAAGCCCUCAUUCCUGAAGCUUGGAAAGAGGAAGGUGUGUUGAAAACGGACACGGAAGGCACAAAAGGUGAAGAUGGGGCAGACAGUGCAGCCUCCCUUCCAGACAGCCGCGUCCCAGAGUCAUCUGAUGUAGUGGAGGUGAGCAGCCCUCUGCCUUCGCAGGAACCAACAGCCUCGCCUGGCAGCUCCCCAACAAGUCAGCGGCUAGCUAAGAAAGCCCGGUUGAAAGCCCCCAGGAAAAGCUCCCCCGUGUGGGGGGAGGGGGAGGAGGAGGAGGUGGCGGCAGCCGUGGAGGAGGGGAAGGAGGCCACCCUCAACAGCACUCCUGAUCCGUCGUCUGAGCCAGCAGAAGAGAGUCCAGCUGAAGCGCAGAAGGAAAUUGGCACCAGCCAAGAAGACCUUGCCAAGGUCAAAGCAGAGGAGACCGAGCAGGGCCCCCAACUUCCAGGGGACGUCCCUGUCGCGAAGGCGAACGAGCAGCCCGUUGAAAAGGAGCAGAAGAGGAGUGAGCGGGCCAGGAGAGCAGAAGUGUCCCGCCCCGAGACAGUCAACUCCUCCGAGAGCAUUCCUGUCUCGGAUGAGGAUUCCGACGCCAUGGUGGACGACCCCAACGAUGAGGACUUUGUUCCCUUCCGCACUCGACGCACCACACGCGCCAUGUCUCUGCGUAAUCAGAUGGCCCAGCGGGCCGCCCGCUCCACAGUCACCAAGAUGACGUGUGCCAACUGCCGGACGCCGCUGCAGAAGGGCCAGACAGCCUACCAGCGCAAGGGGCUGCCCCAGCUUUUCUGCUCCAGCUCCUGCCUCACCACCUUCUCCAAGAGGCCUCUCAACAAGAAGAACUGCACCUUCUGUAAAAAGGAGAUCUGGAACACCAAGGAGUCCGUUGUGGCCCAGAUUGGCUCAGGCAGCUCUUUCUUUGAGUUCUGCACUUCCGUAUGCCUCUCGCUGUAUGAAGCCCAACAACAGAGACCAUCCCCACAGACGUCAGAAGCCUCGGACACGGUCCGCUGCAGUGUGUGCUACAAGCCAGGAGAGAUCCAGCACGAGGUCAGCAACGGCAACGUGGUGCACCGCAUCUGCAGCGAUGCCUGCUUCACCAAGUUCCGCGCCACCAAGGGCCUGAAAACCAACUGCUGUGACAACUGCGGCCUCUACCUGUACAACAAGGGGCUGCCCCUGGAGUAUCUCUUCCACGAGGGGCAGCAGAAGCGCUUCUGCAACACCACCUGCCUCAACAGCUACAAGAAGAAGAACACCCGGGUCUAUCCCUGCAUGUGGUGCAAGACACUGUGUAAGAACUUCGACAUGCUGUCCCACAAAGACCGGAACGGCAAGAUGAGCCUCUUCUGCUCUAUCUGCUGCACCACCUCCUUCAAGGUCAAGCAGGCGGGGCUGACAGGACCCCCUCGGCCUUGCAGCUUCUGCCGGAAGAGCCUGUCCGAGCCCUGCUACUACAACAAGAACGAGCAGGUGGUGUACCAGUUCUGCAGCCCCAGCUGCUGGACCAAAUUCCAGCGCACCAGCCCAGAAGGUGGGAUCCACUUGACCUGCCAUUCCUGCCACAACCUCUUCACUGGGAAGCCCGAGAUCCUGGACUGGCAGGACAAGGUCUACCAGUUCUGCUGCCGCGACUGCUGUGAAGACUUCAAGCGGCUGCGAGGGGUGGUGUCCCAGUGUGAGCACUGCAAGCAGGAGAAGCUGCUGCACGAGAAGAUCCGCUUCUCCGGGGUGGAGAAGAACUUUUGUAGCGAAGGGUGUGUGCUUCUUUAUAAACAGGAUUUCACCAAGAACCUGGGCCUCUGCUGCAUCACCUGCACCUACUGCUCCCAGACUUGCCAGCGGGCUGUCACUGAGCAGCUCGAAGGCAGCACCUGGGACUUCUGCAGCGAAGACUGCAAGAGCAAAUACCUGCUGUGGUACUUCAAGGCAGCUCGGUGCCAUGCCUGCAAGCGCCAGGGGAAGUUGUUGGAAACCAUCCACUGGCGAGGGCAGAUCAAACACUUCUGCAACCAGCAGUGUCUGCUGCGGUUUUACAACCAACAGAAUCAGCCCAACCUGGACACCCAGAAAGGGCCCGAGAGCCUGCUGAACAGUCAGACCCCAGAACCAAAGCAGCCCUCUUCCAGCCCACAGAAAGCAGAGACCAAUGCGGUGCCUGCGAAAAACAGCUCUUCUUCUCCGACGGCCCCAGCCCCUCCCCCGCCGGCUCAGCCGGUCACGCCGCGGAAGAACAAGGCGGCCAUGUGCAAGCCGCUCAUGCAGAACCGGGGAGUGUCCUGCAAGAUCGAGAUGAAGUCCAAGGGGUGUCAGACAGAGGCCGACUGGAAGCCCCAGGUGAUCGUGCUGCCCCUCCCCGUGCCGAUUUUUGUGCCUGUGCCUAUGAACAUGUACUGCCAGAAAGUACCCGUGCCUUUCUCCAUGCCUGUCCCGGUGCCUGUGCCAAUGUUCCUGCCCACCACGCUGGAGAGCACGGAGAAGAUUGUGGAGACCAUUGAGGAGUUGAAGGUGAAAAUCCCAUCCAACCCCCUGGAAGCUGAUAUCCUGGCCAUGGCAGAAAUGAUUGCGGAGGCAGAGGAGCUGGACAAGGCCUCUUCGGACCUCUGCGACCUGGUGAGCAACCAGAGUGCUGAAGGCCUCCUAGAGGACUGUGACCUCUUUGGGCCAGCCAGAGAUGACGUCUUAGCCAUGGCUGUCAAGAUGGCAAACGUGUUGGACGAGCCGGGUCAGGAUUUGGAGGCCGACUUCCCCAAAAACCCCUUAGACAUCAACCCCAGUGUGGAUUUCCUCUUUGACUGCGGCCUCGUGGGCCCAGAUGACGUCUCUGCGGACCAAGACCUGCCGCGGGCCAUCCGCAAGGGCCAGAAGCGCCUGGUGUUGUCAGAGAGCUGCUCGCGGGAUUCCAUGAGCAGCCAGCCCAGCUGCACGGCCCUCAACUACUCGUAUGGGGUGAAUGCCUGGAAGAGCUGGGUGCAAGCCAAGUACGCCGGCGGCGAGACCAGCAAGGGAGACGAGCUGCGCUUUGGCCCUAAGCCCAUGCGGAUUAAAGAAGACAUCCUGGCCUGCACAGCAGCUGAGUUGAACUACGGCCUGGCCCAGUUCGUCAAGGAGAUCACCCGGCCCAACGGGGAGCGCUACGAGCCCGACAGCAUCUAUUACCUCUGCCUGGGCAUCCAGCAGUACCUGCUGGAGAACAACCGCAUGGUGAACAUCUUCACGGAUCUCUACUACCUGACCUUUGUGCAGGAGCUCAACAAGACGCUGAGUGGCUGGCAGCCCACGAUCCUGCCGAACAAUGCCGUCUUCUCCCGCGUGGAAGAGGAGCAUCUCUGGGAGUGCAAGCAGCUGGGGGUCUACUCGCCCUUCGUGCUGCUCAACACCCUCAUGUUCUUCAACACCAAGUUCUUUGGGCUGCAGUCGGCCGAGGAGCACAUGCAGCUCUCCUUCACCAACGUCGUGCGGCAGUCCCGCAAGUGCACCACGCCCCGGGGCACCACCAAGGUGGUGAGCAUCCGCUACUACGCUCCCGUGCGGCACCGGAAGGGGCGAGAUGGUGGCCUCGGCAAGCGGAAGCGGGAGGAGGAGGCGCCCGUCUUGGAGCAGCGAGAGAACCGCAUGAACCCACUGCGCUGCCCGGUCAAGUUCUAUGAGUUCUAUCUCUCCAAAUGCCCCGAAAGCCUGCGCAACCGGAACGACGUCUUCUACCUGCAGCCGGAGAGGUCGUGCAUCGCGGAGUCGCCCCUCUGGUACUCGGUCAUCCCCAUGGACAAGAGCAUGCUGGAGAGCAUGCUGAACCGCAUCCUGGCCGUCCGCGAGAUCUACGAGGAGCACAGCCGCGGGGGCGGCGGCCUGGACGACGACAUGGACUGAGCGCCGGCCGCCGGGCUUGCCGCAGGGAGACCGUGUGGGGCCCAGGGCCGCUCCAGCCAGCCGGCGGGGGACUGUGGGGGGCAGCCCGCUGCCCCUCCCCGCCUGGGCUUUGCAGGCAUGUAGGACUCUUGAACACUCCCCGCCCCGCUAGUGAAGAGCUCCCCCUGCCCCACGAGGGGCCAGCACCGCCCACCCGCCCGUUGCCCCCGCCCCUCUCCCUGUGCUGCCUAGGAGUGCCUGCUUGCCUGGUCCCCCCCCCCAGCCACACCCCCUCCCCUGGCACCAGGAAAAUUGUAAGGGGUGGGAGGGGGCGUGACUGGGAGGGGGGCCCCCCCAGAGGCCGCUCUUUGUCCCGCAAGGUGGGGAGCGGAGACGGAGAGGAUCUGAGCUGGCUCUGGGCCCUCGGGGAAGCCCGGCUCAGUCGGCAACCCCCGCUUUCUGGUUGUCAUGGGGGAGGAGGGGGGGCUCCUUGCCUGCACGUCUCCUUGCGUGGGGCUCCUGCAGCCUCUCCUCUUUCGUAGGGACGGCCGCAGGAGGCCCUCUUGCACCCCCCGCCAAAACAGUAGGAAGCUCUCCCUCCCCCCCCGCACCCCCCUCUAUGUGUUGAGGGAGCAGGUCCUAAGAUGCCACCUGGGAGGCCUGCUUGCCCACUUCCUCGGAGCCCAGCUUGCCCCCCGCCCUGCCCCGCCCCACCCCAUCUGUGUGUUGCGUUGAACUCUGAGCUAUGGCUGGUGGUGGUGCCGUCUGUCAAGCCUGUAUAUAUUGUUCUGGCCCAGCCCUGUCUGUGUCCUUGUUGCGAGUGAGCCAGUCGCGGGUCUCGUUGUAGUGAUGCCAGGGGUGGCGGCGGGCGGGCGGGGGGGGUGGCGUUAUGACCCGUCCCG